AUGUUUACACUUCUGGUUUUUCUCAGCCAACUGCGCAUAGUUACCUUCGCGUUUCCUCAUUGCACAAGAAGUCCAAAGGAGUCUGGGCAUGCUGGAGAAGAAGUCUUCACAUCAAAAGAAGAAGCAAACCUUUUCAUACGUAGACACCUCCUAUACAAUAGAUUUGAUUUGGAGCUCUUCACACCCGGUGACCUAGAAAGAGAGUGCAUAGAAGAAGUUUGUAAUUAUGAGGAAGCCAGAGAAAUUUUUGUGGAUGAAGACAAAACGUUGGCAUUUUGGCAAGAAUAUUCCAUCAAAGGACCAACCACAAAAUCAGAUGGCAACAGAGAAAAAAUUGAUGUCAUGGGCCUUCUGACUGGAUUAAUUGCUGCUGGAGUAUUUUUGGUUAUUUUUGGAUUACUUGGUUACUAUCUUUGUAUCACCAAGUGUAACAGGCAACAAUAUCCAGGUUCUUCAGCCACCUAUGUAAGAAGGGGCCGGCACACUCCCUCCAUCAUUUUCAGAAGACCUGAGGAGGCUGCCUUGACUCCAUCACCACCUUCCGUAGAGGACACAGGAUUACCUUCUUAUGAACAGGCAGUGGCACUGACCAGAAAACACAAUGUUUCCCCACCGCCACCAUAUCCCGGGCCAACAAAAGGGUUUCGAGUAUUUAAAAAGUCUAUGUCGCUCCCAUCUCACUAA